CAUAUUCCCUGAGUGAUGGCGACCUGGCACCAUACGCCGCUUUCCGUUUACCACGUCCGUCCGCCACCGAGAAAGGCGGUGGUUCGAUUGCACGAACCGGAAGGACGCCGUGGCCCUCUCGUUUCCUUCUCGUCGUCUACUACGUUUCCGAAGCGGCGGCGUUCGGAAGAUUUACCGAUGGCGGAGGAGCAGCGGUUACAGGAAGGGCACCGGCUAUGCGCCAACAACUGCGGCUUCUUCGGAAGCCCCGCGACUCUGGAUCUGUGCUCCAAGUGCUACCGCGACCUCCGUCUCAAGGAGGAUAACGCCGCCUCCGCCAAGGUCGCCGUGGAGCGGUCCCUCUCCCCUCCUCCGUCGGCUUCCGCGUCCGCCUUGUCCUUGUCCUCUCCCUCCGCCGCCUCUUCUCUUCCCUCGGGAACAACGGCCGGACCAUUGGUGGCAGCCGCGGACACAGCCAAGCGGCCGAGUCGGUGCCUGUCGUGCCGGAGGAAGGUGGGCCUGAUGGGGUUCCGGUGCCGGUGUGGCGAAACCUUCUGUGGGGAGCAUCGCUACCCAGAGCGCCACUCGUGCAUCUUCGACUACAAGGCGGCCGGUCGGGACUCGAUCGCGCUCGCCAACCCGCUCGUGAAGGCCGACAAACUCCGCAAGAUCUAGGCCACCAGCGAUUGCCGUUCUUGACCGCCUUGUCGCCGUCGCCCGUAGCUAAAGGUGCAUCAGAGUUUGGUCGGGAAAGGGAAAGGGAAAGGUAAUAAUAACGACGAUGGCAACGCCAACGCCAAAUUGCAACCAGCGGAACCCUUCCUCGUCUCAGUGUGUAUGGUAAAGAUCAAUGCAAUCGCAUAAAUUAAUCUAUUCUGCUGUGGAAUUACGAGUCUGAAUUUGGUCGAAUAGUCUGCUUUCCUUGUAUCAGAAUUUCUUAUGCUGUGAUGUGAGGUAAAAUAACAUAUGCAAUUUCAUUUA